UCUCCUUCAACGUCUUCUCGUCUCAGCUCCUCUCCUGUCAUCUCUCGCCAUCGGCUGUCCUCUCUAACCAAUCGCCAAAUGCUAAAAACCCACCUGGUUCCACAGAGGGCCCUCCCACCAAACAUGUGUACAGAACCGCAUGCAUGAGUCUAUGAAGCUGUUCGACAGCAUCUGUAACAACAAAUGGUUCACAGACACCUCCAUCAUUCUCUUUCUCAACAAGAAGGACAUAUUCGAGCAGAAAAUUAAGAAAUCUCCCCUUAGUAUCUGCUUCCCAGAGUACACAGGCACGGACACCUUCAUGGAGGCGGUGCACCACAUCCAGUCUCAGUACGAGAGCAAGAACAAGUCCCUCCAAAAGGAAGUGUAUGCCCACAUCACCUGUGCCACCGACACCAACAACAUCCAGUUUGUGUUUGACGCUGUCACCGACGUCAUCAUCGCCAACAACCUUCGUGGUUGUGGCCUGUAUUAACCCAGAGGAAAGACCCAGUGUGUCCCUGGAUAGACCUUUCUCCUCCACUUUUCCCUGUCUUUUAUUAGCCCAAUCUCACCCACAUAUAAAAUGAAUUUACCUUUUAGAUUUGUUAUAUAAUAAAACAUUUUAAUUCAGUUGUAUAAAGAGAGACAGCUG